AUGGUUAGGCAAGUUGCAAAGUUUGAUCAAGAAUCCUUGCCCGUGGUUUUUUCCCUAAUUUGUUUAGGGGUUUUCCACGUAAAAUCUGUGCCUCAUUUAUUUUUCUUUCUCAAAUUAUUGUUGCAAUCUGAUCUAUCCCACUUCCGCGGGCGCAACAAAGAGAACAAUGAAGGGGUGAUAGAGGAUGAAAAAGGAGCAAUUCUUGCUAGGAGUAGAGAAAAGAGGCCAACUUUCAGAAGCUAUGUGGGGAAAAUGUUCAAUGAAACUUAUUCUGCCAAGGGGAAAAAACCUUGCGAUUUGCAUUCUUCUUCGACAUCAGGUCAUCAAUGGGAGAAGUACAGAGAAGAGAUUGAACUUUAUUUCACUCAGUUAUCAUCAAAUGCUGCAGAGGUAUCAGGUUCUGAAGCUGCAGAUGAACUCUUUCAGAAGCUUGCUAAGAAGCCAGAUAUGGCUGAUAAUAUGACAAGAGAAGAAAAGAUAGCCAGGAUCCAUGAGAUUCAAGAAGUGAUUCAACAAAUCAGAAAAGAAGUUAAAGCCAAUCCUGCAAGGCUUGCAAGGGCUAAAUGGGCUAUGAGUUUUUGUAUCAGCCGGACAAGAGAAGAAAAGAGAGCCAAGAUCCAGGAGAUUCAAGAAGUGAUUCAACAAAUCAGAAAAGAAGCUAAAGCCAAUUCUGCAAGGCUUGCAAAGGCUGAAUGGGCUAUCAGUUUGUGUAGCAGCCGGGCUGUGGAACUUGGAGGCUGCAUAAAUGAAGAGAUAGCUAAAAGGGCUGAGCUUGAGAAAGAGUUUUGCUCGACGAAAGAAGAGUUGAAUAGACUUCAGACUGAAACCGAGGAGAAAAAGGCUAUGCUUAGCUCAAUUCUCCUACUCCGAGACCAGCUCUCGAGAAAGCUCCAUCUGUUGUCUCAGGCAAUAUCUCAAGCGGAGCUUCAGAUGGAGGAGGAGACGAGAGCACAGGCUGCAAUGGUUCAGGAAGCCGACAAGGUGAGAAGGCAACGAGAUGUCUUUCUGCGUAGAAUUGAGUUCUGUAACGGAAAUGAUGCAAUGGGGUCGGGGGAGCAAAGCUUUGAUUACAGACAGUUCACUGCUGCAGAGAUCAGAGCUGCCACCGAUGACCUCUCAGAACGGCUGAGGAUAAAAUCAGGCGGCGACUGGACAAAUGUGUAUAAAGGGUGCCUAAAUUCAACUCUAGUUGCAGUCAAGAUGUAUAGUAAUUCAGGGAUUGGAGAUUCUGAAGAGGCCUUCCAGUCUAAGGUCAAGCUCCUUGGCAGCAUAAGGCAUCCUAAUAUACUCAGCAUGUUAGGGUUCUGUUCUGAGCUAAAGUGCAUAGUGUUUGAGUACAUGCCAAAUGGCUGCUUAAGAGACAUUCUCUUCUCAACUUACAUAACCUCCAAGAGAAGGGACAGAUCUCUGAAUUGGCUUACGCGUAUACAUAUUGCAGCCGAGGUUUCAACAGGCCUGUCGUUCCUCCACGAGGCCAAACCAAGAUCCAUGGUUCAUGGCAGGCUUAACCCCUCAAGAAUAUUGCUGGACCGAAACAAUGUGGCGAAAUUCGGUGGUUUCAUGCCCUCUAUGUGCUAUGAUGCCUCAGAGAUAAGUUCAGAUAUUAGGGCAUUUGGGAACCUGAUAUUGCAGCUUUUGAGUGGGAGGAAUUGGGGAGGGCUAGUUGAAGAGGCAAUAAUGAUGGAUCAGACUGCACUCAUUAAUGUGUUAGAUCAGAAGGCUGGAAAUUGGCCUCUGGAUUUAGCAGUGGAGCUUGGUGGCAUUGCAGUAAAAUGUUUGGGCAAUCAUGAGAAUGAAGGCCAAGAUGUGAGCAUGGCAAUGGUGGCAAGAGACAUGGACAAGGUGAAGAAGAAAGGUGAUGAGGUAGUAAGAAGUGCAGAAUUUGCAGUGGCAAAUGAAGGUGAUUCAGAUGUGGAAGAAGAUGCAGAGAUUCCCAGUGCUUUUCUAUGCCCUAUUUUCCAGGACAUAAUGCAGGACCCUCACAUUGCUGCUGAUGGAUUCUCUUAUGAGGUAGAAGCCAUAGGGGAGUGGUUGAGGAGCGGCCACGACACGUCGCCCAUGACAAAUCUGAAGCUCAAACACAGCCUUCUAACACCAAAUCAUGUCUUGCGUUCACUAAUUCACGACUGGCAAAAGAAAAGAUCAGAUCUUCCAUCAACGGCAGUACAGUGAAACUAUUUAAUUUGAAGCUAAUAAGUAUAUUAUUAUUGUUUUCAAAAAAAAAAGUAUAUUAUUAUUGUACUGUAAAUUAAAGAAUCUGCUUAAUUGUUUUCAGUAGUGCAUAUAUAGAACCCAUUGUGCAGUUUAAAUCCUAGGAUUGAAACACCAGGUUUCCAGUUAUAUGUAGCCAAAUGCUUAGACGCAUAUCAUCAUGAAAAUGUUUUACUGGAAUUUAAUUAGCCAGGCUAGUCCAGUUAAAAUAUAAAUCUAACUGAAGAGAUUAAUUAAAAACAUAUUUUUUCUUCAA